AUGGUUGCUCGUAGCCUGACUCUUGCCGCCCUCGCGGCAAGCGCAUCCGCUCUAUCGGCUCGUCGCGACGAUACACAGUCUUCUGGUGGUGUCGGUGCCAUUUCUUUGCCUGUCUACCAAGACGUCAGACUGCACCCUCUGGACAAGCUGCGCAGAAGACAGGUCUCAGAUACAGACGCCCCAGUUCUCAACGUGACGACGACUACUUAUUUGAUUGAGCUGAACAUUGGUACGCCCGGCCAAGACACAAAGGUUGCCAUUGACACUGGUUCCUCCGAACUCUGGGUCAACCCCAAUUGCGCCAACGCUGGCAGCAGCGCACAGACACAAUCCUGCAGAGCCAAUGGCCAGUACGACCCUCAAGACUCUUCGACUUCGUCUGUUUAUCGCCAGACAGGUCGCAUUAAGUAUGGAAAGGGAGAGGUCGUUCUGCAGUAUGUCAGCGAUAACAUCACGCUUCCCGGCAGCGACAUUGCACUGAGAGACACAAUUUUUGGCUAUGCCACUGAUAGUGUUGACCUUAACAGAGGUAUCCUCGGCCUGAGCUUCGGCGAGGCGACCAACAACACUGGGUACCCGACCGUUCUUGACGAGAUGAAGGCCCAGAACAUCGUUGAGUCUCUCACCAUUGGUAUCGCGCUCGGAACCAAGGACGAGAAGACGGGUAGCGGUCUCAUUUCCUUCGGCGGUGUCGACACGAAGAAAUUCAGUGGCACCCUGCACUCGGCGCCCAUCCUUGGGCCUCAGAACAACGAGAACCUGUGGAGGUACUGGGUUCAGCUGGAUUCUGUGGGCCUGAGCAAGUCGGGAAGCAGCUCCAAGACUUACGCCAACUCUCAAUUCCCCGUCUUCUUCGACACUGGCGCCACCCUGAGCUAUCUUCCCUCAGCCAUCGUCGACUCACUCGGAUCUGAUUUGGGAGGCCAGCUUGACUCAUCCGUCAACAUGUAUGUGGUACCUUGCAGCACCACAGGCACCAUCGACUUCAAGUUUGGCGACUACACCAUGAAGGUGCCCAUUCAGGAGUUCAUCUGGAACGUGGGCAACAACCAGUGUGUCCUCGGAGCUGAUAAGGCAACCGACGGCUCGUACCUACUUGGUGACUCGUUCCUCCGUUCGACUUAUGUUGUUUUCGACCAGGAGACACCCGCCCUCCACUUUGCCCCCUACAACAACUGCGGUUCGAACCUUCAGAAGAUUCCCCUGGGCGCGAAUGCGGCGGCAAAGUUCACUGGCGAGUGCUCUACCUCCACUGCCCCCAGUGGUAGCAACCCGACUGGUACCGGCAACGCUGCUGGCCGCUCAACAUCCACCAACCUCUGGCUUGCAGCUGGUGCUUUGGUCGGCUUGGGGCAGGAUCAAGAAGGUCGCCACGUUGGCGAAUAG